GAUCCUGCAGACCUGCCCCCCCCCCCCCAGGUUCAUCCCACCGGUGCACACGCAGACACCUGCUAGCCUCCUUCACACCUGGGAAAACAAAACAAUACCUCUAAGACCAAUAUUCAGCUUGUUUACAUUAUUACUUUUGUAGCCAAUGCAGUUUAAAUAUAGUAUUAACUCCCUCCUAUGCAAGUAACACAAAACAUUUUAAUAAGAUGUAUAAACCAGGCUGAGACAAUAGCCAGUGUUCGCGUGCAUCCUUCUUUUGUGACGGAAUGUCUCCCGCAGUGUGUGCGUGGGUGUGAACAGGUGCGUGUGCAUGCAUUAUGUGUGCAUUGACAUCUGAUGGCUGCAUAUUAAUGCCUGCACGUAUUUCUACUACUUUUUUUGAAUAUGCAAAAUUAUUAGGUUUAUCUUUAGCUCGCGUUAACAAGGAGAAACUCCACGACCCCUCCUGUUUGCCCCUCUCUGUACAGUGUGUGUGUGCGUGCAUGUGCGUGUGUGUGUGUGUGUGCGUGCAGCUCUCAGCAGGCUGCGCUGCGUUGGACGGAGGAGCUUCCUGCUGCAUCCACUGCCUGGAACUAAAGACGCGCCGAGCUGUCACCGCACACCGCAGCAGAAGUGAAGAGGCCGUGGAAACUGUCCCUCUCAAAGGCAGCUCCUCACACACUUGAAGCCCCCCCCCCCCCCCCCCAAAAAAAAGAAACCCCACCGCACCCAUGGCUGUUUGACGGGGACGCGGACCCACCGUGGCCCAUGCCCUCUGCCCGUUUGCCUCCCUGUCCUCCUUAUCCCUCAAGCUGACGCAGAACCCCAGACACCUGCCCCCCCUGCCCCACCCCCACCCCCACCCGGCCCCCAGCGACUCGCCGCCUCCCGCCAUGGUGUCGGGCACCGAGACCGUGCACUACAUCCACCUGCACAACUCCAGCCAGUCGGUGCUGGAGGCGCUGCGCACGCAGCGACGCGAGGGCCUCUUCUGCGACGUGACGGUGCGGAUCCACGACGCCUCGCUGCGCGCCCACGCCUGCGUCCUGGCGGCCGGCAGCCCCUUCUUCCAGGACAAGCUGCUGCUGGGUCACUCGGAGAUCUCCGUGCCGCCGCUGGUGCCCGCCGAGACCGUGAAGCAGCUGGUGGACUUCAUGUACAGCGGCUCGCUGGUGGUCCUGCAGUCGCAGGCCCUCUGCAUCCUCACCGCCGCCAGCAUCCUGCAGAUCAAGACGGUCAUCGACGAGUGCACGCAGAUCAUCUCCCAGAGGAAGGCGGCGGCCACGGCGGCGGCGGCUGCUGCUGCCGCUGCUGCUGCUGCGGCGGCUGCUGCGGCGGCAGGAGGAGGAGGAGGAGGAGGAGGCAUGCUCGGAGGAGUUCUCCCAAAACAAGAAGAGCGUGGCGGUGGGAAAGGGAGAGAGAGCGGCGGCGGCGGAAGCUGUUCUGUCGGCGGAGGUUACGCAAACUUCCCCAACUUCAUGGCUGAAUGCGGGGUCAGCAACAUGGGGGGAGGCAUGGGGGGCGCCAGCGAGAGCGGCCCGGGCCCGAUGGAGCAGGCCAACACCGUGAGUCUGAUGGCGUUGGGCGACAUGGGCCCCGGCUCCAUGUGUGGCGGCGGCGGCGGGGGGGGCGGCGACGGACACGGACUGGGCUCCGGGGCCGGCGCCAUCCUCAUGAAGCAGAGCUCCAGCUGCACUCAGGACGUCCGGUACAAGCUGCGGGACCUGCUGGCGCAGACGGCCAACGGGGCCGGCGGCGGCGUCGCGGGGAACCUGUCGGCAGGCUGCGGCGCCGGCGUGGACGGCCUCCGCGGCAACGGCGCCGACCUCUCCGACGACCUGGUGGCGAUGGACCGAUACAGCGAGGAGGAGGACCUGGACGGGAGGGAGCGGGGGAGAGACGGAGACAGAGACAGGGGGGCGAGCCACAGCCGCAAGCAGAGGCAGCCGCUCCGACUCCAGGUGCUGGGGGGGGAAGGAGUGGUGGUGAAGGACGAAGGCGUUCAGGACCCAGAUGGGUCCGUCUACACCUUGGAGGAGGAGCGGCGGGACGGACAGCAGGACGGCUCACAGGAGUCCAUGGCCGGCUUUGGACAGGAUUUCUACGACGAGCAGGGCGUGUUUUCGGAGAGCUUCUGGCCGCAGAGCGAGCCUCCUCAGGCCAUGGCCUUCAACCCCAGGGGGCGGGUCAACAAGCCGCUGACUCCGCCUCCCACCACGCAGUCCAUCAACAACCAGCUUCUCUUCCAGUACCCAGUGAGCCAAUCGCAGCCUGCUCCCUUCUAUGUGGGCGGGCCCAUGGGUGGGAUUGACAGCAUGGCGGGGUCCGAGCCCGCUCAGCAGGCCCCGCCUCCGGCGCCCAUGACCCCGGCCCCGCCCCCCUCGGCCUCCUCCUGCUCCGCGGGCCCCUCCCCUUCCUCCCAGGGAUCCGAGACCUCGUUCGACUGCACGCACUGUGGCAAAUCUCUACGUUCCAGGAAGAACUACAGCAAGCACAUGUUCAUCCACUCCGGUCAGAAACCUCACCAGUGCUCCAUCUGCUGGCGCUCCUUCUCCCUGCGCGACUACCUCCUCAAGCACAUGGUGGUGCACACCGGCGUCCGGGCCUUCCAGUGCUCCAUGUGCGGCAAGCGCUUCACGCAGAAGAGCUCGCUCAACGUGCACAUGCGCACCCACCGCGCCGAGCGCACCUUCCAGUGCAACGUGUGCCAGCGGGCCUUCACCCACCGCACGCUGCUGGAGCGCCACGCCCUGCAGCACGCCCACCACGCCCCCCAGGGCCAGGGGCGGGCCGCCGACAUGACCUCACCCAACAAGCAUAGCCCUCCGGCGCUGGGGGGCCCCUCAGGUAUGGCCGGCGUGGCCGGCAUGGUGGGGGGCAUGGCCAACAUGCCCAGCCACGGAGCCUCCUCCACCUAGGGGGGGGGGGGAGGGGGGAGGCAGAACCAACACUAAUUGGAUCCUAACAGCCUUGAUCUGUUGUCCAGGUGGGGGCGGGGGGGUUGCCAUUGUUUUAGCUCAACGACACCUUGGAACAGGGUUCCUGCACAGUUUGAUCAUUGUGUGGAUUUUAAAGGAGUUUGGAGGGAAAAGCACAACAUUUGUAAAAAAAACAGUUAUUUCCUGUGUGGUGACCUUUGUUGCCGUGGCGACUAACCAUAAGCCAACAAUCACACAUCUUCUGGAACAGCGCACAAAUCCUUGUUAGUUUCUUUGUUGAACUUUAGUGAGAAUGUGCAGGAACCCUGUUUCAAUGACACCUGAGUCACCAAAGAGGUGAGGAACACUGAGCAGCUUUGGGAGGGGGGGGGGGGGCGUAGGUGUUUCUGGCUGGAGGUGGGGAUCGUGGGAGAUGUGGAGAUGCAAGUUAGUGGAAAUAGGGCGGGAGGGGGGGGGGGACUGCAGGUCUUCACUUUCAAUUCACUUAAUUCAGCUUAACGUUUUGAGUUUGCUCACAUCAACAAAGUGCGUGAAAUCAAAUGUGUGGAGGCGGAGCUUGUUUACAACAGCAAGCUAAUGCUAACGCUAAUGUCAAUGCUAACGCUGUUAGCAUUGACAUUAGCUUUAAUUAGCUUUUAAUUAUUAUUUUUUUCUUUAUACACAAUACGCGACUGCCUGUCUUGUAAACCACUACAACUCACACUACAAGGUUCUGUUAUCUACACCCCCCCCCCCCCCCGAAACCAGCUUAAAGCGUCAUUCUGUGUAGUGACCAGCAGGGGGCGACUCCUCUGCUCCCAUAGACGUCUAUGAGGAAAUGACUCUACUUCUGUGUAGUGACCAGCAGGGGGCGACUCCUCUGCUCCCAUAGACGUCUAUGAGGAAAUGACUCUACUUCUGUGUAGUGACCAGCAGGGGGCGACUCCUCUGCUCCCAUAGACGUCUAUGAGGAAAUGACUCUACUUCUCUCUUGAUUUAUUCCCUCAGUAAACAUUGUAAACAUGAGUUUAUGGUCUCAGUCUCUAGUUUCAAGUCUUAAGAACCUCGUUGUUGUAAAACUUCUCCCCCUCUUUUGUUUUUUUAUUCCUGAAUUAACUGAAUUGAACGUAAAUUCAACUUUUGGCUGACGAAGAAGGUAGUUGAUGAGUGUUCGUCUGGAGGAAAGUAGCCCGAGCAGAGUGAGGCUCCAGCAGGGAGGAGGAGGAGAGGAAGGAAGGGGGAGGCAGGA